AUGCCCCCAGAUAUCAGAAGCUUCUUUGGUAGCAAGGGAGGCCAAGGUACUGCUUCCAGUCAAGAACAAUCAGCAUCCAAAGAAGCAGCUAUGAAGGACAAGAAACCGAAAAGAAGAGGAAAACGAAAGGUCCUCAGUGACAGCGAUGAUGAUGUCCAGGUCCAGCCGGCCAAGAAAUCAACACCCAAGAAGGUCCCCCCGCAGAAACAAGUCCAGAGGAUAUCUCCCGUCGGAGAAGUCACCACAACGUCAGAUUACUUCGCUUCUAGCGGCAAAUCCAAGCCGACUCGCUCUACGCCAGCGAAUUCGAAGGCCCAUUCCGAGAAGAAGGUCCCCCAGGAUGUGAAAGCGCCGUCCACAAAGUCUACGCCAAAAGCCAAAGCUACACCAGAACCCGCAUCAGGCACAAAUGGCAAGACGCCAUCUCGAAAGAAGAGUAAGCCAGACUACGUGGAGGUACAUGAGGACGAGGAAAGUGAUUUCGAUCCCAAGAUCAUCAAGGAUGAUGCCGACUCCGGAGAGGACAUCUUUGUAGCAGACUACAAGACUGGAAGAAAAGACGCAGAAGAUGCCUACGAAAGCGAAGACGACGAGGAUCAAGUCGUUCAAUUAUCCCGGAGAACUCAAAAAGGAGGCAAUGGAGCGUCAUCCAAAAGGCAUGCUAGUGCUAGCGAGGAGGACAGUGACAUCCAAAUGAAGGAUAUUCCAGAAUACAGAGAUUCCAAAAGCAGCACUAAGGCUUCGAGAGGGCGAAAACGAAAGUCUGUUGAAUUGGAAGAUGAUGAGGAGGAAGACUUCGCGCAAGUCUCGAAGAAGGCAAAGGGCUCAAGAGCGAAGUCUCCAGCCAAGAAGGCUAAACCAAAAAAGAGCCGCAAGAAGGAAGAAGAGCCUGAAGUAAGAACAGCCGUUGAUGAUAUUCUCGACAGUAUCAAAACAGUCAGAGCGCCGACGCCGCCGCCUCGCGAAGAGGGGAAGAAGUUCAACUUUGCCGCUUUCAAUGCAAACCGAACCGAGGCACCACUCUCUGGAGCGUCUGUCGAGCUCCCUGUUGGCCGCGAAAAUUGUUUGGCUGGACUGACCUUCGUUUUCACGGGCGUACUCAACUCGUUAGAACGCAACCAGGGUCAGGACCUCGUGAAGCGCCACGGAGGGAAGGUCACCAGUGCCCCAAGUAAGAAAACAAGCUUUGUCGUGCUGGGUGCGGAUGCAGGGCCCAAAAAGCUUGAGACCAUUCAACACUUUGACCUCAAAACCAUCAAUGAGGAAGGAUUAUUUGAGCUGAUCCGUAAGUUACCCGCUCACGGCGGUGAUGGAAAGGCUGGGCAGCAGUAUGAGGCAAAGAAAAAGCAAGAGGAGGCCAAAGUUGAGAAAGCUGCCGCAGAUAUGGUUAAGCAGGAGCGUGCAGAGGCCAAGAAAGCUGCAAGCAUUACUGCUAGUCCUCAACCUGCUUUAAAAGGCGACAUCGACGGCUCCACAAUUUCUGAUAGUCGCUUGUGGACUGUCAAGUACGCGCCCACAGCUAUAAGCAUGAUCUGUGGCAACAAGGGUCAAGUCGAAAAAUUGGAGGCUUGGUUGAGGGCAUGGCCUAUCAACGUGAAGAGCAAAUUCAAGAAGCCAGGCAAGGAAGGGUGGGGUACGUUCCGUGCCAUGAUCCUCCAUGGGCCCCCUGGAAUAGGCAAGACUACAGCUGCUCAUCUCGCCGCAAAACUUGAGGGAUACGACAUCCGCGAAAGCAACGCUAGCGACACUAGGAGCAAAAAGCUGGUCGAGACCGGACUGAAAGGUGUACUUGACACAACAUCCUUACUUGGCUAUUUUGCGGGAGACGGAAAGAAGGUGGAUGCAGAAAAAAAAAGACUCGUUCUGAUCAUGGAUGAAGUCGAUGGCAUGUCCGCUGGUGAUCGAGGUGGCGUUGGAGCUCUGGCAGCGGUUUGCAGAAAGACCAACAUCCCCAUCAUCUUGAUUUGCAAUGAUCGAAGAUUACCCAAGAUGAAACCAUUCGAUCACGUGGCCUUCGACCUGCCUUUCCGGAGACCAACCGUUGAUCAGAUUCGUCAGAGGAUCAUGACGAUCUGCUUUCGAGAGAAACUGAAGGUUCCUCCGAAUGUUAUCAACUCAUUAAUUGAAGGAAGCCACGCCGAUAUCCGCCAAGUCAUCAACAUGCUGUCGACGGCCAAGCUGGACCAAGAUGCAAUGGACUUUGACUCUGGCAAAGAAAUGUCCAAGUCAUGGGAGAAGCACGUCAUCCUCAAGCCUUGGGAUAUUGUUAGCAAGAUUCUCGGAGGAGGUCUCUUCGCUCCGAAUAGCACAACGACACUGAACGAAAAGAUAGAGCUCUAUUUCAAUGACCACGAAUUCAGCUCCCUGAUGUUGCAGGAAAACUAUCUCGGAACCAAUCCAAUGUUGUCGAACACAUACAGUGGUAGGGAAAAGAAUCUCAAGAUGCUCGAGCUCACGGACAGCGCGGCGGAGAGUAUCAGCGAUGGGGACCUUGUCGACCGUAUGAUCCACGGAUCUCAGCAGCAAUGGGCUCUCAUGCCAACUCAUGCUGUAUUCAGUUUUGUGCGGCCUGCUAGUUUCGUCGCUGGUAGUCAAGCUGGAAGCCAAACUAGAUUCACCUCCUGGCUAGGUAAUAACAGCAAGCUAGGCAAGCUUAUGCGUUUCGUCAAAGAGAUACAAGGUCACAUGCGCCUUCGAGCUUCUGGUGACCGGCACGAGAUCCGCCAGCAGUACCUUCCCCUGCUAUGGUACCGGCUUGUGAAGGAGCUUCAGUUACAAGGCAAGGAUGCAUUGGGGAGCAUCAUCGAUCUUAUGGACAGCUACUACCUUACGAAAGACGACUGGGAUGCAAUACUGGAGCUUGGUAUUGGUCCGAUGGACAUGGAACAGAUCAAGAUCGAUACACAGGUCAAAGCCUCGUUCACGAGGACAUACAAUCAGGUGUCACAUCCUCUUCCCUACAUGAAGGCAAGCUCAAUCGUUGCCCCAAAGAAGAAGAGCAAGGAGAGGCCAGACAUUGAAGAGGCUCUGGAUGAGUCGGAUUCGGGGGUGAGCUCUGGCGGCGAGGAGGCAAUUCUCGAUGAUGAUGAACCCCUGGAUCUGAAGAAGGACAAGUACGUUGCAGCUCCGAAGAAAAAGAAGCAAGCAGCGGCCAAAGGAAAGAGGGGGGCUGCGAAGGGAAAAGGGAAAGGAAAGGCCAAUGAGGAGAGUGACGAGGAGCUGGACGAUGAGGAUGAUGGGAGCGAGGACGUCAAGCCUCGAAAGGGUGCCGGUACAAAGGGGAAGGCGAGGUGGAAGAAGUAG